CGUCGAGUAUGGUAAGACCCUGUAUCGUAGUAACCGAGAUGCGAGCGGCUCGCCCGUCUCGUCGCUCUCCCAUAUCGCGAUUGCUUUUACAACCUGACAUUAACAACUCUGGUUUUUGGAAACGUCUGUCGGAAAGAAACGGAUUAAAUAGUCACUAUCGGUCGCCUGCGCCGCAUGCUAACCGUAUUGCUGUGCGUGGUUCAAAUAACAAACAGUGCCUCCACUUUUACUAACUCUCACUUUUAGUGUCGCUUAAUAUGACUGCAAGCACCGUUGAUAUCUGUAGCACAAUCGAUCUCACGAAAUCUAAUAUACGGCUGACAGAUAAAAUCGAAAAGGAAACCUGGAGAAAGAAAUCGAAAUAUCUAUUGAAACAGAUUAAGUAUUUAUUUCGUGAGACGACCGUCGAGCCAUGCUUGUUUGUUUACAUGCUAUGUACGGGGUUAUCGUCGCUUGCCGUUCAGAACAUGCACUUGGAAAAAUCUUGCCGCGUAAAUUUCAACUUCGGUGAUGAAAUAUGUGAUCGUAUAAGAGAUAGGAAUACCACCGGACUUGGAUUGGAGCUGAAUCAGGUGCAAUCGCUCGUGGCUACAGUGGUGGCCUGGAAGUUUCCUCUUCAGACGAGCAUACCAGCUGUGAUGGUGCUUUUUAUUGGCGCGUGGAGUGAUAAGACGAAGAAAAGAAAGAUAUGUAUAUUAAUACCAUUCUUAGGAGAAAUUACAGCGAAUAUUGGUUUACUUUUCGCUACGUACUAUUUUUAUGAACUAUCAUUGACCGCGACUGCUUUGAUAGAGGCAUUACCAGCCGCGUUUAGUGGUAGUUAUAUUAUUAUAUUUAUGGGUAUGUAUAGUUUUAUGUCGGACAGGACUACAGUUGAAAAUAGAACGUUUCGCUUAGGACUUGUGACGAUAUGUGUUAGUUUAGGGACACCCACGGGAACUGCUCUGAGUGGAAUAUUAUUACGCGCGCUCGGAUAUUAUGGCGUGUUCUCUGUGUUAAUUUGUUUGUAUACAGUUACAUUUAUAUAUGGAAUGUUACGACUACAAGAUGUUCUACCGCCAGAUGAAGACAAAACGUCCGUUCAAGGUGAAAAACAAAAUCAUUUGAAAAAAGUGUUUCAAGAAGUAUUUGGAAUGGUCGCUAAGACUGUUUUAGUGGCAAUUAGACCACGUGCGUUCGGUAUGAGGAAGCAGAUACUAUCAGUAAUCAUUUUAUACAUUCUAAUGGUCGGACCGCUGUAUGGCGAUUCACAAGUCAGCUAUUUAUAUGCGAUAAGGAAGUUCAACUUUAACGAAGUGGAGUACAGCGUUUAUGGAACUAUCAACAUUGUCCUCGGAUUAUUAGGUACAUUCUUCUGCAUAACAGUACUAUGCAAGAAGUUACACACGCAAGAUAGCGUUAUUGGUGGUCUUGCGGGUGUGAGCAGGAUAGCUGGAUGUCUGGUUUUCGCCCUCGCACCGACACGAGCUUGGUUCUAUUCUGCCCCUCUCUUUAACAUCUUCAGUCACACUGGACUUACUGCUGUCAGGUCGAUUGCAACGAAAAGUGUAGCUACAGAAGAAGUUGCUAAACUCAGCUCAGUUAUGGGAGUAAUGGAAGCCAUAGCGCCUUCAAUUUACAUGCCGGCCUCCAGCUUCAUAUAUAUACAAACGAUUGAGUCCUUCCCGGGCGCAUUUUACAUAUUCGACGCGGCACUCACACUCGUAGCCUUGGCUUUAUUCACAAAUAUUUACGUGCUAGUAAAGCAGAGAAACAGAGACAUGGUCACUGACCCCAGAAAGAAAGAAGAAUAUGCGAGAACAAACGAAGUUUCUAGAUUCUGAAUAUUUAAAAA